CCAUGCAAUUACAUUUCCGAGCACCCCACUCUCUUCAGCUUCACCAAAACCCUCCUACUAAAAAUGGCUGCAACCUUUGCCACCGCUUCAACCGUCGUAGGCCUUGGCACCUCGUCCUUGUCAUCCCCUUCUCGGCUCUCCGCCGCUAAGACCACACGCCUCACUUCAGGUUUUGUGAGGUCUUCUGUGGGUGUUAGGAAUCCUCUGAGGCAGGCUGGUGCAUCGGGAGGAAAGUUUACUUGUUUUGAGAGGGAUUGGCUGCGCACGGAUCUGAAUGUAAUUGGAUUUGGGUUAAUCGGAUGGUUGGCGCCAUCCAGCAUUCCUGCAAUCGACGGCAAGAGUUUGACGGGGCUUUUCUUUGAAAGCAUUGGAACGGAGCUCGCCCACUUCCCCACCCCUCCUGCUCUCACUUCUCAGUUCUGGUUGUGGUUGAUUACGUGGCACUUUGGACUGUUCGUCGUGCUUACUUUUGGGCAAAUUGGGUUCAAGGGAAGGACCGAUGAGUACUUUUGAAGUCUCUCUCUCUGUGUACCCACCAAACCUGUCUAAUCUAUUUAUGAUUUCAACUACCUUUUCCCUUU